AUGUUUUUCGGUCUCGUGGCAUUGCUGCUCGUAGGGCUAGGAUCUGCUAGUGUCCAGAUCGUCCCAGGAGCAACCAUCACGACCGCAGGGACGAACCAGCACAUGCAAGCCCACGGCGGCGGUAUCGUCGAAGUCUCCGGGACCUACUACCUGAUCGGCGAAAACAAACUCAACGGCAGCGCUUUCCAAUCUAUCAACUGCUACUCCUCAACCGAUCUCGUGUCCUGGACCUUCGUGAACAAAGUGCUGACGCUGCAAGCGAGCGGGGAUCUGGGGCCCAAUAGGGUGGUGGAGAGGCCGCAUGUGAUGUUUAAUGAGAAGACGGGGAAGUGGGUUAUGUGGAUGCAUAUCGAUUCGAGUAGUUAUGGGGAGGCGAGAGCGGGGGUUGCGACCAGUAGCAGUGUUUGUGGGAGUUAUACUUAUUUGGGUGCGAGUAAGCCGUUGGGGUUUCAGAGUAGGGAUAUGAAUGUUUUCAAAGGUGAACUGGAUACCGAUGGUACGGGGUAUCUUUUGACGGAAGAUCGUGCGAAUGGUCUUCGAAUCGACAAACUUUCAGAUGACUACCUGAGCGUUGAAUCUGCAACACAUCUUUACGCUCAGGAUUAUGAGGCUCCAGCACUUUACAAAAGCGGAGACACGUAUUUCAUGUUUGCAAGUCAUGAAAGUGGAUGGGAUCCGAACGACAACAUAUACUGUACUGCGACAAACUUAAGCGGACCUUGGUCGGCAUGGGCAACCUUUGCCACAUCAGGAUCGAAGACCUUCAGCUCGCAGACUUCUGCUGUGGUGAGCAUUAAUGGAGUAGUGAUAUACAUGGGCGAUCGAUGGGAAUCGAAAAAUUUGAUGACUUCGACAUAUGUCUGGCUUCCGUUGACCAUAUCCGGAACAACAGCGAAACUAACCAAUGAGGUGAACUGGGUCUUAGAUAUCGCAGGAGGAAAGUGGUCUGCAGGACCCGAUGAAACGGCGCCAGAAGCAGAAGCUUCGACAAAUACAAUAUCUGGAGGAGCUAAAGAACAGUCUUGCUCCGGGUGCUCAGGUACCUCCGACGUCGGGUAUAUUGGAGGCUCCGCGGGUGGGACAUUGACUUUUCCGAGCAUCUCGAGUACGGUUGCAACAACAACGACCAUUCGAAUCAAGUAUAUCAACGGAGAUAGUACGCAAAGGUAUGCGAAUGUGUUGGUGAACGGCGUCGCAUAUGUGGUUGCCUUUUUGCCGACAACGGGAAGUACGCCUGGGACGAGCACAUUGACGGUACCGCUAAAGUCUGGAAGUGGGAAUGUGAUUGAGUUUGAGGCAUAUAAUGGUGGAUGGGGACCCGAUAUUGAUCGUCUGAUGGUGCCCGUGUCAUAA